AGUCAGAGGCGGUGUUAGGGGAGGCGGUGGCUCCAGAAAUGGCAGUGAGCGAGAGGAGGGGGCUCGCCCGCUGGAGCCCCGCUGAGUGGGGGCAGCGGCUCCUUCUGCUGCUGCUAUGUGGCGGCUGCUCUGGGCGCAUCCACCGGCUGGUGCUGACGGGGGAGAAGCGAGCAGAUAUCCCAUUGAACAACUUUGGCUUCUACACCAACGGCUCCCUGGAGGUGGACAUGAGCCUCCUGCAGCUGGGCCUCCAGAAGACGGAAGAGCAACAGCCACUGGUGGGGUUCAGUCUGACCCGGGUUCGAUCUGGCAGCAUUCAAUCCUACUCAGACCUUGAAGUCUGUCCUCUCCAGAAAAACAGUACCAACCUCCUGGUUCUCUUCCUCAUCAACACCAAGGAUCUGCAGGUCCAGGUGCAAAGGUAUGGGGAGCAGAAGAAGCUGUUUAUCUCUCCUGGGCUCCUCCCUGAAGCGCCCCCCAAACCAGGGCUCCCAAAGCCAGAGCACAUGAUCUCCCCCAAGGUGGACAGCGGGACCAACACCACGCUCGACAAGGACAAGUCAAAACCCACAGCGUCUCAAGGAGACCAGCAGGACCUCAGUGGGCAGGACAAGGAGCUGAUAUUGGGGCUGGGCCAUCUCAACAACUCCUACAACUUCAGCUUCCACGUGGUGAUCGGCUCUAGGGCCGAGGAAGGCCAAUACAGCCUCACCUUCCACAAUUGCUACAACUUGAUCCCAGGAAGAGAGCAUCCAUUCAACAUCACGGUCAUGAUCCGGGAGAAGAACCCCGAGGGCUUCCUGUCGGCGGCAGAAAUUCCCCUCUUCAAGCUUUACAUGGUCAUGUCUGCCUGCUUCCUGGCUGCUGGCAUCUUCUGGGUGUCCAUCCUCUGCAAGAACACGUACAAGGUCUUCAAGAUCCACUGGCUCAUGGCGGCCCUGGCUUUCACCAAGAGCAUCUCCCUUCUUUUCCACAGCAUCAACUACUACUUCAUCAACAGCCAGGGCCACCCCAUCGAAGGCCUCGCUGUCAUGCACUACAUCACGCACCUACUGAAGGGUGCCCUCCUCUUCAUCACCAUCGCCUUGAUCGGCUCCGGCUGGGCCUUCGUGAAGUACGUCCUGUCCGAUAAGGAGAAGAAGAUUUUUGGCAUCGUCAUUCCGCUGCAGGUCCUGGCCAACGUGGCCUACGUCGUCAUCGAGUCCCGCGAGGAGGGCGCCAGCGACUACGGGCUCUGGAAGGAGAUCUUCUUCCUGGUGGAUCUCAUCUGCUGCGGCGCCAUCCUCUUCCCUGUGGUCUGGUCCAUCCGGCAUCUCCAGGACGCGUCUGGCACCGACGGAAAGGUGGCAGUGAACCUAGCCAAACUGAAGCUCUUCCGGCAUUACUACGUCAUGGUCAUCUGUUACGUCUACUUCACGCGGAUCAUCGCCAUCCUGCUGCAGGUGGCCAUGCCUUUCCAGUGGCAGUGGCUGUACCAGCUCUUGGUGGAGGUCUCCACUCUCGCCUUCUUCGUGCUCACCGGCUACAAGUUCCAGCCUGCAGGCGACAACCCCUACCUGCAGCUGCCCCAGGAGGACGAGGAGGACUUGCAGGUGGCGGAAAUAAUGACCGAUUCUGGGUUCCGGGAAGGCCUGUCCAAAGUCAACCAAUCAGCCAGUGGACGGGAGCUAUUGUGAUCAUCUCCCCAUCUUGGACAGUCCUCCUUGACCCUCCUUCGUCCUCCUCUCCGCACACACAUUCCUCACUCCAGCUCUUCUCCCAAA